CUCUUUUGUUGGGCGAGCAUCACACACCUCAACAAAGGGAGCAUAGUUAUGGCGCACAAGAAAGAUUCGUCAUCCGUUGCCACGUCAGCUGGUCCGGCGGCGGAGAAGGGUCUGAAGAUCAUCGGAGCUGGUAAGCAGGAACGUGACAGCAGUCGCACAACACCAGCAUCCGUGCGUGUGCAUGCGUGUAGGUUACGGGCGCACCGGGUGGGUGGAUGCACAGGCAGAUGAUAUACUCCAUCAUCUCUUUUAGCAGUGGGUGAUUCGCUUGCAGGACCUUCUCUCUCAAGAAUGCUCUGGAGCAGCUGGGCUACCCGUGUUACCACAUGGCGGAGCUAUUCGCCAACCCUGCAAGGAUGCCCGUGUGGCGGGAGAUCACGAGGAAGAACGGCAAGGGCGUUGACUGGGACGCCGUCUUCGACGGCUUCACAGCAACAACCGACUGGCCCGCUGCGCCCUUCUUCGAUGAGCUCUUCCAGGCAUACCCCGACGCAAAGGUGAGCACUCACAUGGAGAGAGAUGCCUGGCUGGCUGGUCUCAUUUCAGGUCUGUUGUGUCUGCCUUGCGUGUGAGUGUGCGUGCAGGUGGUUUUGACGGUGAGAGACCCCUCCAAGUGGUACCAAAGCAUCCGACAGUACGCCACUCAUGCAGAUGCACGCACGCCACUCAACACACACGAGACAAGGGCUCUCUGAGGACAUCUGCCGGCCGGCCUCUCUCUCUGGUUGUGCAGGACGGUCAUCAGUUUCCGGAAGCACCGCAAGUCGCCCAUCUACCGACUGGGUCUGCGCCUCUGCCCCAUCUUUGUUUUGCGCGAGUUCCAGCGGAUGUGGCACGAGCUGCAGCUGGCCCGCCCAUUCACCGACGCAUUUGACUUCGACGAGAUGACCGAGGAGGGCACCGUGGCCAUGUUCAACCAGUGGACACAGCACGUCAAGGAGACUGUCCCGCCACAACAGCUGCUCGUGUACGAGGUGGGCAAGGAUCUCACCCCGAGGCACGCUCACAUGUCCUCACUGCGCGUGCCUGUGUGUGUGUGUGUGUGUGUGUGUGUCGAUCAGGUGAGGGACGGUUGGGGCCCGUUGUGUGCUUUCCUAGGCCAUUCCAUCCCCUCCACACCCUUUCCUAACCUGAAUGACGUCGAGACGUGGAAGCGAAGGGCGCCGAGUGGGGAGAGACUGCUGUAUGGCAUUGGCUAUACUACGGUGGGGCUUGCUGCACUCGCUUCUGUGGGGGUCGCCUGGGCUCUGCUCACUGCUGUAGGAGCAGCUGCUCGAGCAAAGACACGGGCGUAGAGAGAAGACAGCUGUGUGUACGUGUGUGUGUAGUGCUUUGUCAUGUCAUGUACAUUAUGGGCAGGUAGGUGAUCUAAAUGGAUGGAUGGGAUGGAUGGUGUGUGUGUUCCUGCGGUUUAUGCUUUCAGUGACGCAGGUCACUGCGUGAACGUCAGGAUGUGCCGGCCAGUCGAAAAGACAGACACAGUCUUGCUUGGG